AUGGGCAACGGCGCGUCGUCGGCGGCGUGUUCGACGACGCAACCGCAUCUGCAGUCGCCGCAGCUUCCGCAGCAGAUCGUCGUCGACGGCGAAACGCUCGAACUGUCGCGCGUCCGCUCGCUCAUCCCCGAGCUCCGCGCCGACGUGCGCCGCCAGCGGGACCUGCUCGCGCGCUACGAGACCGAGCGCGUCGAACACCAGACGGCGCUGCGCGAGCGCGACGACGAGGUCGGGCGGCUGCGCGCGGAGGUCGACAAACUGAAGAGCGUCCUCGCUCAGACCGCGCACAAGGAGCGGCCGGACCUGCUGUCGACGAUCGACGAGGGCGCCACCGUAGGGGGACCCGAUGCGGGGCGGAAUAAGAAGCAGGGAGUGUCCGGGGAGAGUUCGGACAAGCAGGCGCGGCAGGCCGUACACAUAGAGCUGCGACGCAUACAGAAGGAGUUCAG